AUGACAACCAAGACGAACGAUCAGGUUGACGUCGAGAAGAUCUCAAGCAACCUCGAGCCCGAGACAAGCCACCUCGAGCGGCCAACUAUUAACCUUGGAAAUGAGGCUGUCUUGCUCGAUGUCACUGCCGGCCACAUCGAUGGUGCUCUCUUUGGUGACUUGAAACUGGCCAAAGACGGACAUACGGUCCUGAUUCCGCAGCCGUCAGAGGAUCCAAACGACCCUCUGAACUGGUCAUCCUUCAAAAAGCAUAUGAUCCUUGUAAUCCUGGGCAUCGCGGCUGGCCUGGGUGAUUUUACAUCAACCCUGGGCAUCCCGCCCAUCAUCUUGCAGGCCGUCAAGUGGAAUAUAUCUCCCACGGUUGUCAACUACAACAACAAUCUUAAUGUCCUUAUGCUUGCCAUCGGCGGCCUCUUUUGGGUUCCGUUUGUGUAUUUCUGGGGACGUGCUCCGGUCUUAUUUUGGACGACUCUAGCUGGCACGCUCUUUUCACUGGGCACUAUCCUUACGGACGAUUUCAACACCUAUUAUGCCCUUCGGGCUCUGCAGGGCUUCUGUCUGUCGUCAGUGCAGGGAAUUGGCUUGAACUUUAUCAAGGACAUGUUCUUCUUCCACGAACAUGCUCGUAAGAUCGGCAUCUGGGCGGCCAUCUUUCUCACAUCUCCCUAUCUUGGCCCGCCGUUUGGCAAUUUCAUCAUUGCCGGCACUGGUAAAUAUAUCGGCUGUCUGUGGUUGGGCUUUGCUUGUUGCUGCGCCAAUCUGGCCCUCAUCAUCCUCUUCUUGGACGAGACAUGGUACAGACGCGAGGUUCCAGUGGAGGACCAACCAGCUCGCGGUCAACGACUAUUUCGCGUGGUUGGUAUUUGGCAACUUAGAGUCCAAAAGGGAUACUUCCUGUCCAUCCCAGAGUCGUUCUACCGACUUCUCCGAGUUUUCGUCAAGCCCAUCAUUAUUCCGAGCAUGAUCUAUUUCGGCAUCAAUAUCAUGUGGGCGGUCGGGAUCAACAUUGAGACGUCGAUUCUAUUUACCGUGCCCAAAGAAGCCGGUGGAUAUGGUUUCGGCCCAAACGCUCUUGGAGCAAUCUGUCUGACACCAGCAGUCGGCACCAUCUUGGCGGAAAUCUGGGGCCAUUUCUUCAACGACUGGCUGGCCAACCGCUACAUCAAAAAACACGAAGGUGUUUUUGUUCCGGAAGCUCGUCUUGUCACCAACUAUGUCGCAGCCGUCAUCAUGGUCCCGGGCCUUGUCAUCCUCGGAGAGGCGCUGCAGCAUACACUUUCCAUCGGUGCAGUCAUCAUCGGCUGGGGUGCAUAUACAGCCGGCACAUUGGCCGCGUCAGUCUCGCUGACGGCCUAUCUCCUGGAUGCGUACCCCGUCGCAGCAGGAGAAGUCAACGCUCUCCUCAACUUCUCCAGAGCGAUCAGUGGGUUCUCUGUCGGGUAUUUCCAAGUGCAAUGGGGUACCAAGGUCGGGUACGACGGAUCUUUCGGGACACAGGCUGCAAUUGUCGGAUUGUCAGUGGGCAUUAUUGUCAUUCUCCAUAUCUAUGGCGGUCGAAUGCGUGCCAAAGGCGGCCACGUAUGA